CUGCUCUCAGCAUCGAGCGGUUCUGAGCAUCCUCAAGGUACCACAGGCGCAUUGAAUUAGCUGCAUCCCGGAGGAGGAGGAGGCACCGGGAGCAGUGCUGUCUGCAGGACAGCUGGGCACACAGGGGAGCCCAUCCCAGUCUUUCCAGCUCUGGCAGCCACCGUCAAAGGGUCCCCAUGAAGGGUGAAACCCCUGUCAACAGUACCAUGAGCAUUGGGCAGGCCCGCAAGAUGGUGGAGCAGCUCAAGAUUGAGGCCAGCAUGUGCCGGAUAAAGGUAUCCAAGGCAGCAGCUGACCUGAUGACAUACUGUGAUGCCCAUGCCUGCGAAGACCCACUCAUCACCCCAGUGCCCACCUCUGAGAACCCAUUCCGCGAGAAGAAAUUCUUCUGUGCCCUGCUCUGAGCCUUGCCUAUCCCACCCCUUAGCUACAGACACCAUGUAGCCCCCACCCUGCAUCUGUAAUAGGGCAGGACUUCCCAGGUAGGGCCUGACCUCCCCCCAAGCCCUCAGACCCUCCUAGGGCCAGCUUUGGAGCUGGGUAUGUGGUUGGGAUCAUUUCCCCCACCCACCCAACUGAGCUUCCCCAGAGAGGGCACCUACCCUUAGCACAAGUCCCCAAAGUCCCUCCCCUUCAGGAGGAAUAUGUCCCACCCACCUCAAUCAGGAAGGGGUAUCGCACCUCAUCUUGGUAAGAGUCAUGCCAAGUCUGAGUUCCUGUAUAUGGGCCUGAAGCCGCUGAAGCAGCAGACCAUCCCCAGCAGUGUCACACCUGACACUUUCCCCCGCUAAUGAAAAUAGGAUUCAUGGCAACUCCCAGCCUGCUGCUCCUGGCCAAAGAGGCUCAUCCCCCUCCCCCAGAGCUGGUGGGGCAGCACCAAGAUUGCAGGGCUCAGCUGCCCCUCACAAUGUAAACUGAGAUCUUGAGAAUAAAGUAACAGGAGACACA